AUGGCGGCUGUGGCUCUGGCAGGGAAAAGGGUCGCCGGCUGGGCCUGGCGGCGCGCCCGUGGGGGGCUUCCGCUGGUGCGGCGAGGCUGCGCCGGGGCCACUUUGGACGACACGGUGAACGGGCUGAGCGAGGAGCAGCAGCAGCUUAGACAAACCAUGAUCAAAUUUUGUCAGGAGCAUUUGGCUCCAAAGGCCCAAGAAAUUGACCAGCAGAAUGAAUUUAAAGGCAUGAGGGAUUUUUGGAAGAAGCUAGGAGAGCUGGGAGUUCUGGGAAUAACUGCUCCUGUUGAAUACGGUGGAUCUGGGAUGGGCUACCUUGACCAUGUGUUGGUGAUGGAAGAAAUUUCUCGGGUUUCAGCAGCAGUUGGACUGAGCUACGGUGCCCACUCUAACCUUUGCAUUAAUCAGUUAGUGAGAAAUGGCAAUGAAGCACAGAAAGAAAAAUACCUACCCAAGCUUAUCAGUGGAGAGCAUGUUGGAGCCCUAGCCAUGAGUGAAGCCAACUCUGGUUCUGAUGUGGUCUCCAUGAAGUUGAGGGCAGAUAAAGAAGGGGACUAUUUUGUUUUGAAUGGGAACAAGUUCUGGAUUACCAAUGGGCCAGAUGCUGAUGUUCUAAUAGUUUAUGCCAAGACAAAUGCCAACACUGUUCCAGCUUCUCAGGGUAUAACUGCAUUCAUUGUAGAGAAGGGAACGCCUGGUUUCAGCACUGCCCAAAAGCUUGAUAAGCUGGGGAUGAGAGGGUCAAAUACCUGUGAACUGGUCUUUGAGGACUGCAAGAUUCGGGCUGAGAAUGUCCUGGGGCAGUUGAAUAAAGGAGUCUAUGUAUUAAUGAGUGGCUUGGAUCUGGAGAGACUCGUGUUGUGUGGUGGACCACUGGGAAUCAUGCAGGCUGUCCUUGAUCAUGCUUUGCCUUAUUUACAUGUGAGAGAAGCCUUUGGACAGAAAAUUGGCUAUUUCCAGCUUAUGCAGGGUAAAAUGGCUGACAUGUACACCCGGUUGAUGGCAUGUCGACAGUAUACCUACAACGUAGCAAAAGCCUGUGACCAAGGACAUUUAAAUGCAAAGGUGGAAAUGGCUACAUCAAUGAUUACCCCAUGGGCCGUUUUCUGCGAGAUGCCAAGCUAUAUGAAAUUGGGGCAGGAACAAGUGAAGUGCGAAGGAUCGUCAUUGGUCGAUCAUUUAAUUCUGCCUUUAAGUAACAGCACCAGAGAAGUUGAGUUCCCCAAAGCAAGAGGCCUUGGGUCCCAAGAUUGUAAAGCGCACAAGUACUUUUCUGUUCCUGUUACGACUCUGGCUGCCUCUGUGUGACUCUUCUUGACCUUUAGCUCUCUCUACACGUGCUGCUACAUUUUUCUAAGAAUAUGAUUACAUUGCACUGGAACAGACUGGGCACUCCAGGUGG